AUGGCGGGGGAGUCCGUCCUCGCGACGGGCAGUUUUGACGCAACAGUUGGCAUCUGGCGGCGGUGGGAUAGUUACGGGCAGGAAGACGGUGCCGGGAUGGGAAUUACCAGUGACGAUAAACAGACCCCAGCCGAUACUUUAACAGCAGCUUCCAACGGUACCGGUACCGACACCCCAGACCGCGAAGAAGACGAAGAAGAAUGGCGCUUCGCAGUCCUUCUCGACGGCCACGACAGCGAAGUCAAAUCCGUAUCUUGGUCUGCGUCGGGGAUGCUGCUGGCGACGUGCUCACGCGACAAGUCAAUUUGGAUCUGGGAGGAUCUCGACGACGGCGAUAACAACUUCGAGACCGUUGCUGUGAUGCAGGAGCACGGGGGCGAUGUGAAGUGUGUUUCGUGGCAUCCUUCAGAGGAGUGUCUUGCUAGCGGGAGCUACGACGAUACCAUCCGGCUAUGGCGGGAGGAUCUGGACGAUUGGGGCCAGGUAGCAUGUAUCAAGGGACAUGAGGGGACAGUUUGGUUUUUGGAUUGGGAAGGAGAAGAAGCAGAGAAUUGGAACGGGCCAAUUUCUGAUUCCGUUUCCGAGUCUGGGAUGAGCGCUUUACAAGCUCAGUGGCGUUCCCAGAGAGCGCUUUCCGGCCCGCGCCUCCUCUCCUGCUCGGACGACCGCACUGUGCGCGUGUGGCGGCGCCAGCCGAAGGAAUCGCAGCAGACGGGGGCGCUGUCUUCUGCAACCACGGGGAUCCCGAGCAUCAUCCGGCCUACUGGGACGGAUGAGGUAUGGGAGGAGGAUGUUGUGCUCCCGCAUGCGCAUGAACUGCCUGUUUAUGCUGUUGCGUGGAGUAAGCGGACUGGGCUUGUUGCUUCGACUGGUGCAGAUGGGCGGAUUGCGCUUUAUGAGGAGCGGUUUGUUACGCGGGAGCAGGAGCAGGAGCAGCAGGCCGAUUCGGAUGCUAUGGAUACUACGUCUGGCGAUGUGCUGCGGACGGAGUGGGUGCUUGUUGGUGUUCAGGAUGGAGCGCAUGGGAUUUACGAGAUUAAUCAUGUUGCUUGGGCGAAGAGGGCGGAUCGGGGGUCUGGGGGUGAGGAAGAGGUGCUUGUCUCGACGGCCGAUGAUGGGAGUGUCAAGGUUUGGACUGUGACGCGGUGA